CAGCGAUGGAAGGCGUUGCAGCGACCGGAGUUGGAGAGAGAGCGAAGGGAAGCAAGAUGGCGGACCUCGAAGACGUUACGCUAGACGGGAGGCCGCUUCAUUCGCUCCGUGUGGCGGAUUUAAAAACCGCUCUGGAGCAACGCGGCCUCCCUAAAAGCGGGCAAAAGAAUGCCCUAAUCAAGCGACUGAAAGGGGCUCUGAUGUUGGAAAACCUGCAGAGAACCUCUACCGCUCACAUUGGACUGCAGCCAAACUCCCAGAUCGGGGAGGAGAUGAGUCAGAACAGCUUCAUAAAGCAGUACCUGGCCAAGCAGCAGGAGCUCCUGAGACAGAGGCUGGAGAGAGAGGCGAGGGAGGCAGCCGAGGCUGACGACAUGGACAGCCCCGUAGGCCCUGACCAGGAGGACCACUCUGACGCUAACGAUGGAACUUCCUGUCCCCAACCAGGCCAGGAAGUCUCUCCUGUUGUGGGGAUCCAGAACAAGAGACACCCCUUUGACCAGCGGGAGGAGAAGGACGAGGGAGGGAAGGGCUGGGGCAGGAUGGAGAAGGCGGGCGAGGAGGACGGGGCCGGGGAGACGGCCGCGAUGGAGCAGGCCUCGCCCUUCUCGCAGCCCAAUACGCGCAAAGCGGCCUUCCCUCCAGGCCAGGCCGGGCAGGUGGCGGGCGACGCCCCCGCCGCGGAGCCCGAGCCCGAGCCCCAGGAGGUCCCGGGCAGCCGGGGCCGGUGGUCCUCCGGCCGGCAGAGCCACGAGGACCCCACCCCGUCCUCGCCCUCCGCCCCGCCCCGCGCCGUGGCCUCCCUCUCGGUGCGCGUGGUCGGCGACCCCGAGAGGCAGGGCCCGACGCCGCUGCGCCCCGACCCGCCCGCGCCCGCCCACUCGGCCCCGCCGCCCGGCCUGGCCCCCGCCCAGCGCGCCGCGCGCUCCCAGCAGGACAGCGACGACGACAGCGACGACGACGAGGAGGAGGACGACGAGGAAGAGGAGGAGGACUGGGGUGCGGGGCACCGGAGGGGGGGCCGGUGGGAGCCCCCCAGCAGCGUGGCGGCCCGGGAGAGGUCCAGGCGCGCCCAGCCGCCCUCCCAACACAUCCCCCUGCAGCUGCCCCCCCACCAGCCGCACCCCCACUCGCACCCCCAGCUGUCGCUUCGCCAGCCGACCCCCCCGCCCUCCCCUCCUCCGGAGCUCUCCUUCCCCCUGCCCGAGACCCCCAAACAGAGUCCGCCCAGCCUGGAUGAGCCCGAAGGCGUGGCAGGUGCCGGGGCGGGGGCCGAGCCCGGGGUCGGUUUAGGGGCAGGGGCGCGGAGGCACCCCGCCGCGGGAGGCCGGUCGCCCCCGUCCCUGCAGCGGCAGGACAGCAGCUCCAGCUCCGGCAGCUCCAGCAGCAACAGCCGCAGCAGCAGCCCCGAGCCGCACGGGGGCGCCGGCGAGCGCAAGCCCGGCCCGCUCACCCUGCUGGCGCGCAAGAUGGAGUCCGAGGGCGCCUUCGCCGCGAGCAGGAAGAAGGGCCGCUCGGAGUCCGAGGAGCAGGAGCUCGCCGCCGCGGCGACCGCGGCCGCCGGCCCCGCCGACGGCCUGGCCGCCGCGCUGUUCCCCGGCGCCUUGCUCCGCGAGGGCGGGAUCACGACAAUCGCGCACACGGGGGGCCCGGUCCCGCCCGCCCCCGGCGCCGCCCCGCUGGGCGGCAAGGGCGUGGCCUCGGCGGCCGUCUCCACCAUCACCUUCAGCGCGGCCCUCGCCGUCGGCCACGCCAUGCCGCGGGGACCCCACUUCCCCGCCUUCGGCCCGGCUUCCGCCAGGGUCGUCAUGGCGACGGCCGAAGACCCGGAGCGGGACGGCGUCAAAAUGGACCCGCACAACCGGGAGGCCCUGGAGCGAGAGCGCGCCGAGAGAGAGAGGGCCCUGGAGAAGGAGAAGGAGGAGAGGGAGAAGGCCCUGCAGAGGGAACGGGAGGAGAGGGAGAAGGCCCUGCAGAGGGAACGGGAGGAAAAGGAGAAGGCCCUCGAACGAGAGCGGGAGAAGGCCCUUGAACGAGAGCGGGAGAAGGCCCUCGAACGAGAGAGGGAGAAGGCCCUUGAACGAGAGAGGGAGAAGGAACGAGAGGAGAGAGAGAAGGCUCUGCAGAGAGAAAGAGAGGAGCGAGAGAAGGCCCUGCAGAGAGAGAGAGAGGAACGAGAGAAGGCCCUGCAGAGAGAGAGAGAGGAGCGAGAGAAAGCCCUUGAACGAGAGAGGGAGAAAGCUCUACAGAGAGAACGGGAGGAAAAAGAGAAAGCCCUUGAACGAGAGAGGGAGAAAGAACGAGAGGAGAGGGAGAAGGCCCUGCAGAGAGAGAGAGAGGAGCGAGAGAAAGCCCUUGAACGAGAGAGGGAGAAGGAACGAGAGGAGAGGGAGAAGGCUCUACAGAGAGAAAGGGAGGAAAAGGAGAAGGCCCUUGAACGAGAGAGGGAGAAGGAACGAGAGGAGAGGGAGAAGGCUCUACAGAGAGAAAGGGAGGAAAAGGAGAAGGCCCUUGAACGAGAGAGGGAGAGGGAACGAGAGGAGAGAGAGAAAGCUCUACAGAGAGAACGGGAGGAGCGCGAGAAAGCCCUUGACCGAGAGAGGGAGGAGAAGUUGGCGCUGGAGAGAGAGAAGGAGAAGGAGAGGGAGAGCCGUCUGCCACCGUGGAAACGGGGACGAGAAUUUGGGGGCCUGACCUCCUCCCUCAUGCCGGUCCCUGGCCUCUCCAGUCUGGCCGGGAACGCCCCUGAGGUGGAGAGGAAAGACCAGGAGAAGGAGGAGCCCACCGUCGGUCCCCCUCAGACCCAAACUCCCGGGAGGCCAGCGGAGGGCCCGCUCUCCUCGCCCCUGUCCCCCCAGCCCUCCUCCAAGAAGUUCCGCUUCCUGCGGGACACCCCCUUGCUGUCGUCCCCUACCUCCGCUUCCGCGACUCCGCUCAUCAAGAGGCCCCGCACCUUCUCCGACACGCCGCCACCGGAGCUUCCAGCCUUACUCGCCUCCCCCGGCAAGCCCGGCCCGGGCAAGGACGGAGGUCCCCGAGAGGGGGUUCUCCAGGUGGGUUCUCCGGCCGCCGAGCAGCCGCUUGCGGCGACACCCCAAACGACCGGCGACUCCGGGACGACUCGGCCGCGGGACGCGUCUUCGGAGACCGGGGCCCCCGCCGGGGCCCCCGCCGGGGCAGCGCAGCCGGGACGCGACAAGGACCAGGGAGAGGCGGAGAGGCGGGGCCCGGAGGUCCCGGCCACCAAGGCCGGGCAGCGAGACGGAGGGAAACCCCAGGAGGAGAGGCCCAGGAAGCCGACGGCGACCGGUGCGGACAGGGGUCUGUCGGGAGCCGUCAUGGGGCCCGUUCUGCCGCCCUCGCCCCCCCCGGAGGAGAACGAAGCGGAGAGGGACGCGGACCAGGAGCGGGACCGGGACGGCCGCUCCUCGCCCUCCAGCGACUCCUCUUCCUCCGAUUCCGACUCCGCCUCAUCUUCCUCACAUUCCUCCGGCUCGUCCUCUUCCUCGGAGGACAAGACCCACUCCGUUCCCAGAAGGCGGUCCGCCAGUGGUCAGCGGGACUCCGAGGAGAGCUCCCCUGUGGCCCCGCCCUGCAAGAGGACCGGCGCGCAUCUGGACAAGGAAGGGCGCGCCGCAAACAACAAGGCGGAGAACAAGAGCAAGAGGCCAUGUCUCGGCAGAGGAGGAGAGGAACAGGAGGAGGAGAAGAGAGAAGAGAUGGAAGGAGCCGAUCGACACCCAGCCAGGGAGGUGAAGCAGGCAGCCAUGUCCGAGUCGCCGGGCCCCGAGUGUGAACAGGCUCCCGAGAGCAGCGAGGGCCGAGCCCAGGAGAGUGCCACCCCUAAAGCGUUCACUGCCCGAAAGAUCUCCCUGACCACAGUCACCAAGCCGUCCCCAGGGGCCCCAGCGGCCAGCAUUGGGGCGGCGGCCCCCACACCAGCGCCCCCGGGGGAGGCGGAGGCCGGGGGCCCCGCUGGGAGGAAGAGGAGGUGGGGAUCCAGCACUGCCGUCACUGCCAAGAAGCCCUCCAUCAUCAUCACUACAGACUCCCUGAAGUCUCUGAUACCGGACGUUAAGAUGGCCGCCGGCCCGGGCAGCCAGGAGGCAGUGGUGGAACUGCACCCGGAGGAGGGCCGCCUCUCUGAGGACGAGGAGGGGGGCGAGAGGGGCGAGGCCGGGGACCAGGGCCUGGACAAGGACCUCAAGAUCCGCCGCACCGUCACGCAGGUCGUCCACACCGAGACCCAGGAGAAUGGGCAGAAGGAACCCAAGCGAGUGGACGAGGAAGAGGAGGAGGAAGAGGAGGAGCGGGAGGCUGAAACAGAGAGGGGGAACAAAGAGGACAAGAGCAGCAGCAGCAGCGGCAGUUUGGAGGUCGCCAUGGAGAUGCAAACCCCCUCAGCGUCCCGGGAGGUGGAGCUGAAGAAAGUUACCCCCAGCGACACGCUGGUGCGUCGUUCCAUCAGCCAGCAGAAAUCGGGCGUGUCCGUCACCAUCGACGAUCCCGUCUGCUCCGCCCGGCAACCCUCGCCCCCCCGGGGCAAAAUAACCAACAUCGUCCACGUCUGCAACCUGGUGCGCCCCUUCACUCUGGGCCAGCUGAAGGAGCUGCUGAACCGGACCGGGACCGUGGUGGAGGAGGCGUUCUGGAUCGACAAGAUCAAGUCACACUGCUACGUCACUUACUCCAGUACAGACGAGGCCGUGGCCACCCGCACGGCUCUGCAUGGCGUGAAGUGGCCCCAGAGUAACCCCAAAUUCCUCAGCGUGGACUUCUGUGAGCAGGACGAGCUGGACUUCCACCGGGGGCUGCUCCCAGCGGAGCGUCCCGGGGAGGAGCGCGGGGCCGGGGAGGGGCCCGGCGUCCCGCCCCCCGCCCUGAUGCAGGAGCGGGACCGGGAGCGGGACCGGGAGCGGGAGAGGGGCCCCGGGGGCGGCGGCGUGCGGGACCAGUGGGCCCAGCGCGAGCGGGAGAUGGAGCGCCGGGAGAGGACGCGGGCGGAGCGCGAGUGGGACCGGGACAAGGUGCGCGAUUUCGGAAAACCCGGAGAGGACCGGGAGGGCGCCGCCCGGCGCUCCCGAUCGCGGGAGAGGGAGAGGAGGCGCAAGGAGAGGGGCAAGAGCAAGGAGAGGAAGACCGACAAGAAAGAGAAAGCACCAGAGGAGCCCCCAGCCAAGCUGCUGGAUGACCUCUUCUGUAAAACCAAAGCGGCCCCCUGCAUCUACUGGCUCCCCCUCACUGAACAGCAGGCCCUGCAGAAAGAGACGGAGCGCGCCGAACGCAUGAAGGAGAGGGAGAAGAGGAGGAAGGAGCUGCAGGAGGAGGAGGACCGGAAGCGGGAGGAGGAGCGGCGGGAGCGGGCCAAGGGCCGCGAGAAGGAGGGCGGGGGGGCCGGGGCCGGGGCCGCGGGCGGGGCCACCGCUGCGGUGGGCGGGGCCAGCGGGCGGGGCGGGGCCGACGGGGACAGAGAGAGGGAGCGGGAGAGAGAGAGGGAGCGCGACCGGGACCGGGAGAGGGAGCGGGAGAGAGGCAGGGAGCGCGACGGGGAUAAGAGGAGGGAGGGGUACCGCCGGCCUGCGGGGCAGGGUGGGGCCAGACGCUCACGCAGUCGCAGUGACCCCCCACCCCGGGACCGACGCCGCUGAGGGGGGGGCAGAGAGGGGCAGGAGGGGGGGAGCUGAGCCUGGACCACACCCUGUUCACUGACUAACACACACGCGCACACACACACACACACACACACACACACUCACUACCCUCACACACACGCACACACUCACUACCCUCACACGCACGCACGCACGCACGCACACAACACACUACCCUCACACACACAACACACUACCCUCACACACGCACGCACACACACACACAACACACUACCCUCACACACACAACACACUACCCUCACACACGCACGCACGCACUCACACUACCCUCACACGCAUACACACACACACACACGCAUACACACUCACACUCACUACCCUCACACACACACACACACACACACACAACACACUACCCUCACACACACACACAUUCACACUCUCACACACUACCCUCACACACGUGCAUACACACACUCUCAAACGCACAUAUACACACUCGCACUACCCUCACACACAUGCAUACACACACGUAUAGACACAAGCGCGUACACGCACUUGCACACACAAGCAUUGCCACACACACAGACACACGCAAACUACUUUCACAUAUGCAGUCAUACAAACUACUCUCACACACGCAUACGCCUGCAGACACAGAAACGCAGACACACACACACACACACACACACGCAAACUACUUUCACAUAUGCAGUCUUACAAACUACUCUCACGCACACGCAUACGCCCGCAGACA